UAUACAUUUUAAAAGGAUGAUAUUUUUUCAAAAUUUGUCGUUUAAAUAUUCAUUGACCGAGUAGUAAGCCUUCUCAAUUAAAAAUUCUAAGAGUAGUUUCUUAAAGUUGUUAAAAUUUUCAGUCUUUUUGAUGAGAAAAGGUAGAUUAUUAAAAAUUCUUGGAGCCAUACCUAAUAUACUCUUUGAGAAUAGAGCUGUUUUAUGUGGUUUUAUGCGAAGUGUGUAUUUGUGGCGUUUGGAAUUAAUGGUUUCAAAUAGGUUAAAAUUUCUCCUUACAAACACAGCUACUUCAUGUAUGUAUAUAGAUGGAAGAGUUAGGGCCUGUUUCACAAUCGCGAAGUAAAGUUCUAAGUAAGCUACUUCGAACAUAACUGCUCAGUAAACUACUUAAUUGCGUUUCACAAUCCAACAGUAAGGUUAAUCACCACUUUAUCUGAUCAGUAAAUUAAUCAUCGGAUGGACUGCCAAGUAGCCGUUUACUGGAUAAGUAAAUUUGACAAAUGUUAUAACCUCAAAUAAAUGCGGUUCGAAAUCCGCAUUUAAUUAAAGUGCCUAUCAAUUUGUUUUCGUUUUAAAAUGGAUAUUUUUGAUAUUAUUGAAGAGGAAUUCGAUGAAUUUUUUGAUCGAGUGACGGGACCGCGUAGGGAACCAAUAUUUCGAAAUCGUUCGAAUAAUAUGGAAAAAUAUGACGAUACUGACUUCAAGAUGAGAUUUCGACUCUCUAAAGUAGCUGUGACUUAUGUUUUUUCUCUAAUACAGGACACAAUAACUGCUCCUACGUCGAGGAAUUAUGCAGUUACGCCUAUGGAUCGUCUUUUAUUAACAUUGAGAUAUUAUGCAACAGGAAGUUUCCUUACCGUAGUAGGUGACUUCACUGGUGUAAGCAAGGCUUCUGCUAGUCGCAUUGUUAAGUUAGUUUCACAUGCGAUUGCGCAAUUACGAUUACAAUUUAUAAAAUUUCCUACAAAUACGAAUCACCUGCAGGAAGAGUUUUAUGAUAUCGCAAGAUUUCCCAAAGUAAUAGCCGCUAUUGAUUGUACACACAUACCUAUCAAAUCUCCAGGUGGAGAAAAUGCAGAAAAUUUUAGAAACAGACAGUCAUUUUUUUCUUUUAAUGUUCAAGCUCUGGUAACUGCAAAAUUGAAAAUAAUUGACAUUGUGGCUAGAUGGCCCGGAGCAACCCAUGAUCAAACUAUAUUCAAUAAUUCAUUUAUAAAGCAACAAUUGAUGAACAGAGAAUUUGGUCCUUGUGUAGUUCUCGGUGAUAAUGGAUACGAAAACAAUUCAUAUCUUCUAACGCCCCUCUCAAAUCCAAGAACACCUGCAGAGCAACUGUACAAUGAAUCCCAGAUAAGAACCAGGAAUGUGGUAGAAAGAACAUUUGGUGUUUGGAAAAAUCGGUUCCCUGUUCUAACCAAAAAAAUAAUAUUGCAUGUAUCACGAGUUCAGGCUGUGAUUGUGGCAUGUGCAGUAUUACACAACAUUGCUAUUGAUAUGGGAGAUCAACAAUUUGAAGAAAACUGGCCAGAAGAGUCUGACAACGGGGAGGAAUAUCACAGCAGCACACAGAAUACAGAGGAUAGUAGUGUACGCAGCAACUUAAUAAAUGACUAUUUUGCUUCACUAAUACGAUGAAUAGCUAUGUACAAAAAUUUAUUGGAAAUAAAAUGUUUACACAA